UAUAAUCCUCUUCUCUCUCUCUCUCUCUAUCACUACUUUCUCUCUCUACAUUCUGAUGCAUUCCCCUAAAAUGUACCAUACCGACAUCCUUGUUUCACAACUCAAAGGUUGCAUUUGGCAGUCAACAGCAGAAUAAGAAUAAAACAUGGCUGUAUUGUUAUACUCGGGGUUACUUUCCAACGGUGAAAGCAUUCUCUUACAUUGUAAAUCAAGAUUCUCUCGUGGUGAAAGCCACAAAUCGAGUUGUAAUGGGAAUCUAACAGUGCGAAUGGGUUCCGAUAAAUGGAACUUCCGAUACUUGAAAUUACUUAAAACCCCUCAGUUCUCUAAAGUGUUCGGCCCGAGAUUUUCAAAUAUCUUCUCUUCAGAGACAACUAAAACUCCUUCGAGCGAUGGUCUUAACACAAUUAUAGCUGAGGUGAAAAAGAAAUUAGAUUUUCAAGAAGUGCCGAGUUUCGAUUCGUGGAAGAAAUGGAGCUAUGUCAACGGUGCUGCGAUUUUACUGGCAUUAGCAUUGAUGUUCGUUCCUACAGCUGAUGCCGUAGAUGCUCUAAAAACUUGUACUUGCUUACUCAAAGAAUGCAGAUUGGAACUCGCCAAGUGCAUUGCAAAUCCAUCGUGCGCGGCCAAUGUCGCAUGUCUUCAGACAUGCAAUAACAGGCCCGACGAGACCGAAUGCCAGAUAAAGUGUGGGGACCUAUUUGCAAAUAGCGUUGUGGAUGAAUUCAACGACUGUGCCGUGUCUCGAAAGAAAUGCGUGCCGCGAAAAUCCGAUGUGGGAGAAUUUCCAGCACCCGAUCCAGCUCUUCUAGUGCCGAAAUUCAACAUAAAUGAUUUUACCGGGAAGUGGUUUAUUACGAGUGGUUUAAAUCCUACUUUUGACACCUUCGACUGUCAACUUCACGAUUUCCACACGGAAUCGAACAGACUUGUCGGGAACUUGUCUUGGAGGAUAAAGACACCGGAUACUGGCUUUUUCACUCGAACGGCUGUGCAGAAAUUCGUGCAAGAUCCGAAAUACCCGGGAAUAUUAUACAAUCAUGAUAAUCCGUUUCUUAACUACCAAGAUGACUGGUAUAUUCUUUCAUCCAAGAUAGAAAACCAACCGGACGACUAUAUAUUCGUAUACUACCGAGGCAGAAACGACGCAUGGGAUGGAUACGGCGGCUCAGUAAUCUACACAAGAAGUGCCGUUUUGCCAGAAAGCAUAAUACCCGAAUUACAACUUGCCGCCAAAAAAGUCGGCCGCGAUUUCAGCACAUUCACAAGGACAAACAACACUUGUGGUCCCGAGCCACCAUUGGUCGAAAGAUUGGAGAAGACUGUUGAGGAAGGAGAAGAGAUACUCGUGAAAGAAGUCGAAGAGAUCGAACUAGAAGUGGAGAAAGUGAAGAACACCGAAAUCUCGUUGUUCCAGAAGCUGGCCGAAGGGUUUCAAGAACUGAUUAAAGAUAAAGAUUAUUUUCUCGAGGAGCUGAGUAAAGAGGAAAUGGAUAUUUUGAGUGAGCUGAAAAUGGAGGCGAAAGAGGUAGAACAGCUUUUCGGUAGAGCUAUACCAUUGAGAAAACUACGAUGAUUUUUUUUUUUUAAGUGAUAUGGAUAUUUUCUUGAUUACCAGUUUGUUAUAGUAAUACAAGUAGCUUGUAAUAAUAAUUUUAAUUUUUUUUUUGGUGAAUGAAUAAAAUCCAACCUGUAAAUUGGUUGGAAAGGAAGUUGAUCAAUUUACAGUUAUGUUUUGUGAA